AUGGCUGCGGCCGUCAGUCUUCUGCCACCGAUGUUUACAGGUCACCAGCCUGGCAACGAGGAAAGACAAGACCUCCCUCGUCCAUAUCGAUGUCCGUUGUGCGACAGAGCGUUCCACCGUCUAGAGCACCAGACGAGACACAUCAGAACGCACACUGGUGAAAGGCCUCAUGCAUGCUCGUUUCCAGGAUGUACCAAGCGCUUCAGUCGGUCCGACGAGUUGACUCGUCAUUUGAGAAUACACAACAACCCGAACUCGAGGCGCAGCAAUCGAGCCCACCAGCUGGCUGCUGCCGCCGUUGCCGCCGUCGCUCCUGUUGGUGGUAUGUUGGAGGGGGCAAAUGCAAUAUCACAGGCUCAGAUGAUGGCGCCUCCUGCGCAUGGCAGAGUAAGGUCGGCUCCGACGUCGAAGGCGGGCUCGCCGAAUGUCUCACCACCCAACUCCUUCCCUAACUAUACUCCUCACAUCCCGACCACUCUGGGUCCUUAUGGUAGACAUGAAGACCGGACGAAUAUAAUGGACAUCAAUUUGCUCGCUACAGCAGCUUCCCAGGUGGAGCGAGGAGAGGACCAUACCAUGUCUGGUACUUCUAGACAGCCUUACAUGCAUCAUAAGUUCAGCCACCGACCAUCAUUCCAGAGUAGUGGCCGGCUCCCAUCGUUAUCCGCCUACGCCAUGUCCCAUUCGAUGUCGAGGACGCUGUCGGCGGAGAACGCCGAUGACCAAGGCCAUCGGGUCAAGAGAUCGCGUCCCAACUCUCCCAACUCGACCGCACCGCCGUCUCCUACAUUCUCUCACGACUCUCUAUCUCCCACUCCCGAUCACACUCCGAUAGUCACUCCUGCCCAUUCGCCGCGUCUUCGACCUUACGCCAACCCUGACUUUCAGCUUCCAGGCAUUCGUAAUCUGUCGCUAGGUCACACGCCGGCCCUUGCGCCUAUGGAACCGUCUGCGGAUGGGCCAACAGCUCCUGUACAGCAUUCCCAGCAUUCCGGACCCACCCUCAGUGACAUCAUGUGUCGUCAAGAUGGCACUCAGCGCAAACUGCCUGUUCCACUGGUGCCGAAGUUGACCGUACAGGAUAUUCUGAAUCCCGGAAUUGGGACCAGUUCGGGAAGUUCGAGCACUAGCACCUCCUUGAACGGAGAUGCAAUGAUGGAGCGACGUUGA